CUGAAAGGAAUCUCCACUUCACUGAUCUGCACAGCGGCUGGCUGCAGUGAGGGGGGAGUGGUUUGAACUCACAGCUAAUCAGAGGAGCCAUGGGCAGCUCAAACAAGUGGUUGGGGGCUUGAAAAAAAGCGAGCACAUGCAGUCCGGCACAGUUAACCUAAAGGGAAUGACACACUACCUCUAAUUCCUGAUGGAUUUUUCUCCUCCUACCAUUGAGAGGUAAUAAAAGGAAUCUGCAGAAUCUCAGGAGGAUUGUUUACACUUCGAUGCUGCCGGGGAAAGCCAUCUAGUCAUUAAGAGAAGCUUAAGACAACCUAAAAAUCCAAGGAGCUAUAAUUGUACUAACUUUAAUUUGAGGUAAAUAGAUCUACUAUGAAGAUGCUCAAUGUGGACUUACUAGUUUUAAGUUUCUGCCUUGGUCUGGGGACAGGAUACAGUGCUGUUGCUAAGAGACCAUAUCAGAUCCAAAAUGGGCCGUGCAGCUACACCUUUCUGCUGCCGGAGCAGGAAAACUGCCAAACCCAAAGCAGCAACUAUGCAGUUCAAAAAGAUGGACCUGAGGACAACGAGGAGUCGGCUCAGAGGCUGGAACAACUGGAGAUCAUCAUGGAGAACAACACACAGUGGCUGCUGAAGCUGGAGAACUACAUACAGGACAGCAUGAAGCAAGACAUGGUCCAACUCCAACAGACUGCUGUACACAACCACACGGCUACGAUGAUUGAAAUUGGAACCAACCUGCUGAGUCAAACCGCUGAGCAAACGAGGAAACUGACCAAUGUGGAGGCCCAGGUAAUUCAUCAUUCAACUCGACUUGAGCGCCAACUGCUGGAAAAUUCCUUGUCAACCAACAAAUUGGAAAAACAACUGAUUAUCCAAACGAAUGACAUCAGCAAGCUGAAUGACAAAAACAGCUUUCUGGAGAAAAAGGUGGAUGAGAUGGAGGAGCAGAGGCAGGUGGAGCGGAAGAUGCUCCGAGAUGAAAAAGAGCAGCUUCAGGCUCUUAUACUCAGGCAGACAGCCAUCAUCGGUGAGUUGGAGCUGCAGCUGCUCAAAGUCUCCUCCAACAACACUGGACUGCAGCGUCAGCAGCAGGAGCUGCUGGACACCGUGAACAACCUCAUUCACACCAUCUCUGUCAGCUCAGCUCGAGAGAGCAAAACUGUCAUGAUGCAGGACACUCCUACCACCUUCAUGGACUGCGCUGCGGUCUUCAAGUCAGGAAACACCCAAAGUGGAGUCUACACUCUCACAUUACCCAACACUACAAUAGAGGUUAAGGCUUUCUGUGACAUGGAAACAGAAGGAGGAGGGUGGACCGUACUACAAAAACGCUUUGACGGCCAUGUUGACUUUCACCGAACGUGGCAAGAGUACAGAAAGGGGUUUGGAGACCCCUCAGGUGAAUUCUGGUUAGGCAAUGAGUUUGUCUCCAGACUGACAAUUCAACGGUCCAACCAUCUCAGGAUCCAGCUGAGUGACUGGGAAGGAAACUCUGGAUUCUCACAGUACGACCAGUUUUCCCUCGAAGGUGAAGCACAAAAUUACAGGAUACACCUUAAAGGCUUCAGUGGAACAGCAGGCAAAAUAAGCAGCAUCGGCCAGCCAGGAAGUGAUUUCAGUACAAAGGAUGCCGACAACGACAAAUGUGUUUGCAAAUGUUCACAACUGACAACAGGGGGUUGGUGGUUUGAUGCCUGCGGUCCGUCCAAUUUGAAUGGGAUGUAUUACCAGCAAGGCCAAAACUCAAAUCGCUUCAAUGGAAUCAAAUGGUACUACUGGAAAGGCUCGGGCUACUCACUGAAGUCCACGACAAUGAUGAUCAGACCAGCAGACUUCUCAGGUUCCCAUUGAACCGUCACUCUCAGAAUAAACAAACCGGGUGAGAAAUUAUGUCUGACAAACAGCAACAUACAACACAACCAAAAAUAAGAAGUAUCAAGUAAACCAAAGCACUUCAUGAACAUAUUUUACAUACUUUUGGAAAAAGACAUAUUUUGUGCAUUUUUAUGUUUAAUAAUUUAAAUCAAAUGGGUUGUUGCAAGAAAUUGUUACAUAUGGACUGUCAAAAUGACAAAUAGCUAUAGUGAAACUAUGUAUGACUGUGGUAUGUAUAGAUUACUAUGGGUAUAGUAAUUACACUGGGAAAUCUAGCUCAUCAAACAGAAGAUUAAAAUGUGACAUAAUGAAAUGGAUGAUGAUUUUUAUUUAGUUCAAUCAUCAUCCAUUUCAUUGUUUUGAAUAACAGCUGCCUAUGUCAUUGUAAAAAAAGGACACUAUGGUACAACAUGCAGAUGUCGUACCAUAGUCUAAAAUGAAAAUGUAAAAAAUGCCACAGAAAAUGUUUCUCUACAGAUAAUGUUGUUUUUCUGAGAAUGUAUGUACAUUUGUUGUUUAAUUUAUAUGUAGAUUUAUAAGAAGUUUUAUAUUUAACAUUGUAUACGAGGGAAAUUCAAGUCCUAGCUAGUUAACAAUUUCAUUGCACAUUCACACUAGGAGGAAUUCUUUUGAUAUAAUUCUGCAGUACCUUUCCACAUGCUCAUACAUGACGAUUCUCUUUUCGCAGUAUUUUGGGAAUGUAUUUCUUUAUUUAUGUUAUGUUUCUUUUGAAGCUUCAACAAGCAACAUUUAUGAUAAAUCUGUGAUAGUAAGGAAGCUACAUUUCUGAAUUAUUUGUAAUGCUCUACCAGCUGUUAUGUAGUUGAACAUUAAACACAAGGCAGAGAGCUUAAGACAUAAGCCUCAACUCUAAACUCCUUUCCCACAACAGUCCUGUUCUACACUUUAACAAUGCACAGCCUGGUGAAUGCACAAUUGCCAGAGCACCACAUAUUGUUCAGUAAUGUCUAUUUUCAAGAACAAAAUAAAAAUUCUAAAUGUUCAAAAGUUUCAUUUCUUGUCAUUGCUUUUAGGUCACUAAAACAGUUCACCUACACAUUUCACAUGUAAUCCCCACAUUUUAAGAAGAGUGCAAUAGGCAUAGCUAAUAGUGGGCAAUGUGGAUAAUAUCCUUUAUCACAGUUCAUGUGAUUUAGAUUUAUGCAGCGUUGUGACAGUCAAUUGGGGUUCAAUGGGAAUGUCUUGUUUUUGGCUAAUUCAGCAAACUAGAUACCUGAAAAAUCAAGGAACAGUACUACAUCAGAUUAAUCCAAUACAGCUGUAAAUUAGUCUUGAUCAUUGGUAACAUUGGUAACAUGUAGGUGUUGGUCCUUUUAUUUUUUACUAAUUGUAUCUUUAUUUGAACAGAAGCAUUUAAUA